AUGGCGUACGGCACAAUCAUUAAGGGCAGGAAGGGAUUCAGUAAUGGUAGCUCCAUUUGCAAUCGUAAGAAGCAAUCGCACCAGCAAGUAAUAAACAGUCUGAAGCCGCUGAGUUUUAAAAUUGCACCAAGUGGCCUGGAUAUGCCGGAGGAUCCACUAGCAAGGGCUGUCGUUGGCGAAGCGCCUUCUGAUUCAGAAACCGCCAAAAAGGAUUUCAACUGCCAUCCAAACAACGGCGUUAGUGGCUAUAACGAACAAGAAUGUAACAUUCCAACAUGCGAACGAAGCGAACGAGCGAAAAAGAAAUCUUCGCUGGAGACCAAGCCCAGCAAACACAGAUCGGAAGAUUUGGCCAGCGAUUCGUCGUUGCAAUGUUCCCAACUUACCGUAAAUGGACCCUCGGAAAGCCCGGCGGAAAAGGAGCUAAUCUGUACGAAAGGGAUGAAGGAAAUGUGGAUUCUGGCCCCGCUGGAUCAUCGUCAGGGUCAUACGCUUCAUCACAACAUGGAACACGAGGAAAUUCUCACAAGUCACAACAUCUACACAAAGGAACGGUCAAAACCAAUGGAGCAACCAAUGGUGAACAUGAGCUUGGUGCACGGACUGGAAAUGGAACUGGCGAAAGAAUCGAGCCGUUUGGAUCUCUUCGGUGGUACCCAGAACGGCGGUCUAUCUGUUACUUCGCAAAACAUUCGUUCAACUCAUCAGCAGCAUGCCCAUCAACAAUCGUCAUCAUAUCUGCACCAUUUGUCGGGGGCUCAGAAGCACCAAGUGCAUCCGCAGCAACCGAUGCAACAGGAACUGCAUCAUGCGAUGCCCAAAGCGAAUGGAUCUCAUCAAUACUCGUUCGAUUUUCUCGUAGACGUUGGCUUGAAGAUGUCUUAUGCUGGCACCGGCAAUGGCACGAGUCAAUCUGUGGGACCGAUGCCAUGCGCCGCUUCUCAGAUGAAUUAUAAUUUUACGCAACAAUUCCAGCAGCACUUGCAACACCAUCAGCACCUGCCGCAGCACGCACCCCACGACCACAGCCAGAGUACGAGCCCGAGCCGAUCGCAAUCGCAUCCGGUAAUGCACCAUCAUCAUCAGCAGCACCAUGCCCAGCAUAUGCCCCAGGCGAUGUCUCAGCAACAGCAAAACCAACACCACCGAUCGCAGCCCACCGUGUACGGAGGAGAAAAUCUGAUUUCCCAGCAAAACUUCGUGAUGAAUGAUGCACCGGCGUUUUCGAAUCACAUUGCGAUUGCUAGCACCAGAGAGCUGCAAAUGUUAAACGCUUGCACCGGUGCUAACAGCAACAGCGGCAACAUGGUCGAGGCAGCGCCCUAUGUAUACACCCAGCACGAGGGCGACCAGCAACAUCAACAUCAUCCUGGCAUGUACUACCAACAGCAUCAUUCCCAGCAGCAGCAGCAGCCACAUCAACAGUAUCUGCAUAACUAUCACACAAACAAUAACUAUCAGUACCACAAUCGCAAUGGGAGAGGAAUUCCAGCAAACUACUAUGGCCACGGCGGCGCAGGGUCCGGUCGCGAUGAGGGCAGCAGGAAAAAACCCUGGGCUGGACACACAGGAGCCAAAGGCAAGGGAAGUGCUCCGCCGAGUACUGGGAAACAGUUCAACAAAGUACAAAACGUAGGUUACUCUUAUCGAAAGAACUACCACCACUACCAUAACUAUCCCGCGGGCAAUGGGCAUCAGUACUAUGAGCAUUCGUCUGUGCCGCCGCCUCAUCACCACCACAAACAGAACAUGUACCGGAACUUGGUGUACGUUCGAGGAUAUGACCAAGGCCAUGGGGCUGCGUAUCUCCCAGAAACCAGUGCUGCCGUUUCUACCACUCACUGUGCUAAGGAGCCCGUAGAGACUGCGGAGCAGCACAGCGCGGACAAUUGCCUAAACACUACCAUUGCUGCCGAGGAAGAGGUUCCAGCACCAAACGAACUGGUGGUUGAAAAUGAAGCCAGGGAUGCUGAAGACGGUUGUGAAAAGCUUUGCAGCGUUCCGCGAUCUUCGUCGUCCUCGUCUGUGGUGUCGAUUCCAUCGACAGCGUCAUCGGCAGUAUCGUGUCGUUCGGCUGUAUCUCAAGCGCACCUUCCGCUGGAAGCUACCCAUGCUAACGGGCACGGUUAUGAGUCAGACUCAUCGCACUCAUCCGAUUACCACGAUGGUACGUAUCGUGCAUACUCCAAGUACAGCCAAAACAACGACGAGCGGCCAGUGUAUCGUUCAUCGUCCACGACGUCCUCGGGCAUAUCGACCUAUCCACCCUCGAGCGAGUUCAUACCAUCGACACCAUUGUCCAUGCAAGCCGGAACACUGGUGAGUGAAUUCUUCGGCCGCAGUCACAGCUACCACGGAUCGCAUCAGAAUCUGUCCGUGUAUGCCAGUGGCGGAAGUGUCGGCGAAGUAAGCCCUCCAGCCGGCUCUCCCACCGGAAACCCACGGUCCGUUUCGGGGACACAAUCGCUGCCAUUAUUUGGUGAACUGUUUGGAACUGCCAACCAUCAUCAGCUACAGUUGACUGACAGUCAGUCGGUGAUUAGCUUCGGCAGUAGCUCUUCAUUGGAUCAGGCCGCGUUGCACAAUGUGGCGUGUAGCUCGUCAAGCUCUUCGUCCCUUUCUGCGUCAUCGGUGCCGCCCAACGACUUCUCGUCGAUGCAGAGCGGACAUCCAAAGAAACGCAGUCAUUCGGGACGUGCAUCGCCAAACAAUGGUAGUGCGCCAACACGAGCACCGAGUCGGUGCGCCGUGGCAUCGGCCUCUUCGGGUGGCUCUUCCGCUGCUUCGAAAGAGCAUGCCACCAGUAGCAGUGCUGGGCGCAAGAAUAAUCAAGUUUCUCUGAGCUACACCUACCAUACAUCGCUUCCUCCGGAUUUCUCACAUACGCCAGCCGAUCGGUUCAUUUUGCGCGCCAACGAAGUUGAAAUGAAAUCCCCACCAGAACCGCUGACCGACGGCGGCCCACAUGAUGGUUUGUCGCUGAGUAUCUGGGAAAAGUUUACGGCUGCCCAGCAGACGGAAGAAACGUACAUCGCCAAGAUGCACCUCUGGCGUUAUUUGUACACUUGCAUCCGCAAGGCUUAUCCGAAAUACGGUCUAUACCUGGUCGGGAGUACGAUCUCGGGCUUCGGAGCGAACAGCUCGGAUGUUGAUAUGUGUCUGGUGGCUAGAGGUGCCCCCAUUUACUUCGAUCCGCGCACCGAAGCGCUGUGCCAUUUGUCGCUGGUGAAAGACUAUUUCGUGAACUUACCGUCGCCCACCUUCGAGCAGUUCAGUUUGAUUCAAGCAAAGGUACCAAUACUUAGGUUUCAGGAUAGCAAAAACGGUAUCGAGGUGGACCUUAACUUCAACAAUUGCGUUGGCAUUCGGAACACUCACUUGUUGCACUGCUAUUCACAGAUGGACUGGCGCGUACGCCCCUUAGUUUUGGUGGUCAAGCUGUGGGCUCACCAUCACAAUAUCAACGAUGCAAAGAGUAUGACCAUUUCGAGUUACUCGCUAGUUCUGAUGGUGAUCCACUUCUUGCAAUGCGGCGUCAGCGUACCCGUUCUGCCGUGUUUGCAUUCUAUGUAUCCCGACAAGUUUAUGAAAAUUAUCGACAUCAACAGCAUUGAAAUGAUCGAGCGGAUUGAACCAUACAAAACGGAGAACAGACAGACUCUGGGCGAGCUGCUGUUGCAGUUUUUGGAAUAUUACACGCAUUUCGAGUACGCGCGCUAUGCAAUUUCGGUUCGCACGGCAUCCAUUAUACCGAUCGAGGAGUGCCGGCUUGCCAGAAGCUACAAAAAUGACCCUCACCAUUGGAAGCAUUUGUGUAUCGAAGAACCGUUUGAUCUGACCAACACCGCUAGAUCAGUAUUCGAUGGUGACGUAUUCGAGCAGAUCAAGUCUACCUUCGCCACCUCCUGGCGUAUGCUAAAAGCCAGCAAAAGGUUAAGCGUCCUUUUCGGAGACCCACUCUUCACUCCGCUGACGUCGACACUUUCAAUAACCUCAUGAUCACUGCUGCCUACAUUGGUAAGAUUGCUUCCAUCGGUUCUACGGGGGCUCGGGGAGUCGAUGAGGAGUUUCUUUCGCGCCAGUGGUGUGUGAGAUAUCAAAAUCCUGCUUGAGACUGAUGGUUUAUUAUCGAAACCGUGGAGAUACAUGGCCAGACGGGAGGGAAGCGUGAUUUAAGUUCAGUCCACUGUUCGUUGAUUCGUUAGUGAACGGAGUGCAACGUGGUCCCAUGGUCUUCUCAGCGAAAGUCGUUCUUUUAAUGGUUCAGUGAUCAGGAGUGAUUGUCGCUUUGCCGCAGUGGACGAUUAUCAUAUCACGAUGGGGAGAAAGUUCAACAAAACAAGGGAUCUGUUUGGGGAAACUGGCAAUUCGAUUGCUGUCACUGAUAAAAAUCCGAAGCAAUAUUGUUGGUGCUCUGUAUAGGUGACGGCAGUGAAAGUAGGACAUAAAAGGAAAUCAUUAAACUAGAGAAAGCUAAGACCCAGGAGCGCUGGCAAUGUAUCGUUGAAUGAUCUCGAAUAGUUAAUCUUAAAUCUGUCUGUUCCGUGCCAUCGUCAAAGGUGUGAACGUGGAUGAAUAUUCGUAAUAGUGCGUACUGUCGCGAGAAUGUGAGUUACUAAUGUCUAAGAAGCAAUACUCCUACUAGAGCCUAAUGCUAACAUUAAAAGUGAGUGAUAUCCUGCGUGGAUUUGCGUUGUGGACGACAGGGGCUGACCAACAGGGUGAGCGGGAAAACGAGAAAUCAAACCAUAGCUCUCACAAACAAAGACAGCACAAAAGAGGUAAACCUAGGGUCACUGGUUCACAGUACGGAGCAAUGUGAUAGAGAUUCUGUGUUGAACAAGCGAUUGGGUCAAAGAUUCCUUCUUCCAAAGAAGAUUUUCCUAGUUGUUAGAAAAAGUAAUUAAAAACAGAUGAAAUCUCUCAACUAGUACAUGCAACGUAUGCAAAAAAGCAACGCGAGCGCGAGAGAGAUAGUGGGAGGAUACCAUCAUUCGAAUUGCAACACGCGAUUAGGUCGUAGCAAUGAUAUGUUAUUAGAUUUGGAAGAAGAAUGUGGCAAACAUCACAAAGUUCAGCAAAGACAGUCUCGUGAUGCAUAAAAAACAGAACUUUUAACAGUUUUCAUUUUGAAAAGUAUAUAUGUAUAAAGAUGAAAUGAUAAAACACGGCUGUGAAAUCAGAGAACUAAAGUAACAUUAGAGAUGCUAAACUAGUCGGCGCGCGGUAUUAAUCGCGGACCGAUGUAAGGCGAUAAUGGUGUUUGAUCAAAAAAGUAAUUUAUACUAUAUUUUUAGAGUUAAUUUAUACGAACAAUUCGUUGAAUUGCCGUUGGGAAAAUCAAGAAUCUCUCAAGAACCGAAACCUUAUGUCGACAAUAAUAUCGUCGAACGGAACAGAAAGAGGUCAGAGCGAAACUCGCGUCGUAGAAGAACUUAAAGAGAGGCAAAGAGUGAGCCCGUGAGCGCUGCUCGAAGCGGAAUUCUUGAUCAACGGAAAGCUAAGAGCGAACGUCACAUAAAAAGUCAAAAAAAAGAUUAAAAACCAGCAUAAAAGUGAAAUUACACACACAAAAAAAUAAUUCAAGUGAAUCAUAAUCGUCUUUAAGGUAACAAAAAAGGAAAUCGAACCGUAGGAACCGCAAUGAGUGUUAGGAAUUCAGAAACAGAAUGUAAAGCUCAUACGAGGCAUUAGAAGAUGGGACAGGAAAAUUAAAAGGAUAGGCUCAUGAAAGAGAACAAUAGAAAGAGAGAUAGAGGAAGAGCGAGAGAAAAUUAGAGAGUGAACGAACAAUAGAGUGAAAGAGUGUGUUUGUGUGUAGAAAGCAAGAAAGAAAGAGAGCGAAAGUGAGUGUGUGUGUGUGUGAGAGAGAGAGGGAGAUCGAGACAGAGGCCGAGUGAAAAUUUCUUAUGUUCCGUACCACUCAUG